GAAAAACCUUCUGAGCUGUCUAUAAAUACCCUCAUUUUCUGACUGUCCGUCUCAGCCAUAUAUUUCGACGACAGCCAUUUUCAACAGCGCUUUCCUUCUCCCUUUCUCGUGAAACCCAAUAACACGACUAUUUCUCAUUCAAUCCCACUUUUUCCUCACAUUUUCUCCGCUCUUCUUCCUCUCAUUUCAAAUCUCAUCCCUAUAUUCUCUCCCCCCACAAAUCUCCAACUUUCCACCACCAAAAAUAGCAACUUCACACACACACACACACACACACAUAUAUGUGUAUAUAUAUAUAGAUACAUAUUUCAAAAAUUAAAAAAAAAAAAAGGAAAUUAAAGAAAAAUGGGAUCUUUCAAGAAAUCGUCGUUCAGGAAUACGGAUGAGAGCAGUGCGAAUGGCGAAGAGAGCAGUUUGAAUGGCGUCAACGGCGGCGAGGAGUACAUGGUGGAGGAUCUGCGGGAGAGAAUUAAGUCGUCUCGGGGGAGCCGGUUCACGCUGAUAGAGAACGAGUUGGGGCUGAUCGACUCGGCUCGCCGCCGGGUCAGCAGACAGACCGUCAUCGACGGCCUCAAAGAUCUCUCGCAAGGCUUGUUCAUUCACCCUGAUAACAGGUGGUACAGAGCAUGGGAGAAGUUCAUACUGAUAUGGGCAAUUUAUUCGUCAUUCUUUACUCCAAUGGAGUUUGGAUUCUUCAGGGGACUGCCCAAGAACCUGUUCUUUUUAGACAUUGCAGGUCAAGUGGCUUUCCUCCUGGACAUUAUCUUGCAAUUCUUUGUGACUUACAGAGAUAGCCAUUCCUACAAAAUGGUCUACAACCGUAACCUCAUCGCCCUCCGGUAUCUGAAGUCUCAUUUUUUACCUGACCUUCUAGGUUGCAUGCCAUGGGAUAUUAUCUAUAAGGCAGUUGGAGAGAAAGAAGAGGUGAGGUAUCUUCUGUGGAUCAGGUUGACUCGGGUUCGUAAAGUUACAGCCUUCUUCCAGAGGAUGGAAAAGGAUAUCAGGAUCAAUUAUCUCUUUACAAGGAUAGUAAAACUCAUUGCUGUUGAGCUCUACUGCACGCAUACAGCGGCUUGCAUUUUCUACUAUUUAGCUACUACUCUGCCUGAAGAGAAAGAAGGGUACACGUGGAUCGGGAGUUUGAAACUGGGGGACUAUAGUUAUGCGCACUUCAGAGAGAUUGAUAUUUGGAAACGAUACACGACUUCUAUGUACUUCGCUAUUGUCACCAUGGCUACUGUCGGUUAUGGAGAUAUACACGCAGUGAAUCUGAGGGAAAUGAUAUUCAUUAUGAUUUAUGUCUCUUUUGACAUGAUUCUUGGUGCAUAUCUGAUUGGUAACAUGACGGCACUGAUUGUGAAAGGGUCGAAAACAGAAAGAUACCGGGACAAAAUGACUGAUCUUAUAAAAUAUAUGAACAGAAACAGGCUGGGAAAGAAUCUUCGUAAUCAAAUAAAAGGGCACUUGCGUUUGCAAUACGAAAGCAGCUACACUGAUGCUUCCGUUCUCCAAGAUAUUCCAAUAUCCAUUCGUGCCAAGAUAUCUCAGACUUUGUAUAAGUCAUAUGUCGAGAACGUUCCUCUUUUCAAUGGUUGCUCCUCAGAAUUUAUCAAUCAAAUCGUGACUCGGGUGCACGAGGAAUUCUUUCUACCUGGAGAAGUAAUAAUGGAACAGGGAAACGUCGUAGAUCAACUCUACUUUGUUUGUCACGGUGUUCUGGAGGAGGUUGGCAUUGCGGCAGACGGAUCAGAAGAUACAGUGUCGCUUCUUGAGCCCAACAGCUUAUUCGGGGAGAUUUCAAUUCUUUGCAACAUUCCUCAGCCAUACACAGUUCGUGUUUGUGAACUAUGCAGACUCCUGCGGAUCGAUAAACAAUCUUUCUCCAACAUUCUAGAGAUAUAUUUUCACGAUGGCCGCAAAGUCUUGACUAACUUGUUGGAGGUGAUCACAGACUCUACUAUUUCAGAUAUUACAUUCCAUAUCGGGAAACAAGAGGCUGAGCUUGCUUUGAGAGUGAACAGUGCAGCUUAUUACGGGGACUUAUAUCAGCUGAAAAGCCUGAUCCGAUCUGGAGCUGAUCCCAACAAGAAGGAUUACGAUGGAAGAUCGGCCUUGCAUCUUGCUGCAUCAAGAGGAUACGAAGAUGUUACUCUUUUCCUUAUACAAGAAGGCGUGGACAUCAAUGCCGAAGAUAAUUUUGGCAACACGCCGUUACUUGAGGCCAUCAAGAGCGGACAUGACAGAGUUGCUUCAUUGCUUUCGAGAGAAGGGGCCUUACUGAAGAUUGAUAACCCUGGUGCUUACUUAUGCACAGUGGUCUCCAAAGGUGACACGGAUUUGCUCAGACGGGUGUUAGCCAAUGGAAUUGAUCCAAAUUCGAAAGACUAUGAUCAUCGAACCCCUCUUCAUUUAGCAGCAUCGCAAGGAUUAUAUUUGAUGGCGAAGUUGCUUGUAGAAGCUGGAGCCAGUGUCUUCUCAAAGGACAGAUGGGGAAAUACUCCACUGGAUGAAGGUAGAUUGUGCGGAAACAAAAAUAUGAUUAGACUUUUAGAAGAGGCAAAAAAGGCUCAAUUAUCCGAAUAUCCUGAAUGCUCUCAAGAGGUCACAGAUAGAAAACACACAAAGAAGUGCACCGUGUUUCCAUUCCAUCCAUGGGAUCCCAAAGAGGGUAGAAAACACGGCAUCGUAAUGUGGGUUCCUAACACCAUUGACGAGCUGAUAAAAGCAGCAUCGGACCAACUGGAAUCGCCAAACGGAUCCUGCAUUUUGUCAGAAGAUGGGGGUAAAAUUUUUGAUGUCGACAUGAUCACGGAUGGGCAGAGACUGUAUAUGAUCAACGAAACCGAUUGAGGUUUCGAGCUAGCUACGGAGAACUCUUCUUGUAGCUCAAUAUAGUUCCACUUCGUUGUAUCUGUGUGUCUUCAGCUGCACAAUUGGGAGGAACCCGAUUUUGUUAAUGUCACUUGUGCUAUGAUAGCUCAUAUCUACGAUUAAAAGCAAGAAAAGAACGUUUGCUAACAACUUA